GUAGCUACUAAGCAGUAGGCAGGAACAAGGCCGCCAUGAAUGUGGCGGCGGGGUUUAGCUAGGAGAGUAGGCGAGAGUGUCGAGAGAAAAGAGAACGACUUGCCACCUGGCCUGCCGCCAGAACGCCCUCAAGACCAUCAGAUCGAACUCGAACCUGACGCGCAACCAAGUCUGGACACAGUGGCGGCUGAUGCAAUCAAAGCUCCUGGAACUACAGGACCAGCUGGACUACUUGUUGGCCGAGGGGUUCGUUCGACCGAGCACGUCCCCAUUCGCAGCCCUGAUCCUGUUCACACCCAAGAAGAUGGGGGCCUCCGAAUGUGCAUCGAUUAUCGCGCCCUGAAUCGGGUUACGAUAAAAUCUCUCUACCCAAUCUCGCGUGCGGACGAACUGAUUGACCACCUGCGAGGCGCUCAUUAUUUCUCAAAGAUCCACCUUCGCGGCGGUUACCAUCAGAUUCGAGUCUUGCCACAAGACCGCAAUUCGUACUUGCUACGGGAGUUACGAAUACACUAUCAUGCCAUUCGGGUUAACAAAUGCCCCCUCGAUGUUCCAGCUGGCGAUGAACGGGGUAUUCAAAGAAUUACUCGAUAAAUGUGUAAUAAAUUAUCUGGACGAUA